AUGUCAAACUCCAAGUCCAAGUUUUGCAACCUACCGCGCGCCCCGGGGCCCCUGACCUGCCCAUACAAGGGAACAUCUCUCCUCCAAUCAUCCCAAUUAAACAAAGGCUCAGCCUUCCCAGACCAUGAGCGAUCAACAUUCAAGCUCCACAGUCUCCUGCCACCAAACAUCCAAACACUGGAUGAGCAAGUCCAGCGCGCCUAUCAGCAGUAUCAAAGCAGACCAGAUGACCUAGCCAAGAACACCUUCCUGGCUAGCAUGAAAGCUCAGAAUGAAGUGCUGUAUUACAAGCUCGUGCAAACCCAUCUCAUGGAGAUGUUCAGCGUGAUAUACACGCCUACGGAAGGAGACGCGAUUCAGAAUUACUCGCGGUUAUUUAGGAAACCGGAAGGGUGUUUCUUGAAUAUCAAUGACCAGGAUCACUUUGAAGAGUAUCUCGCUGAGUUUGGGACUGCGGACGAUGUUGAUUAUAUCGUCGUCAGUGAUGGGGAAGAGAUAUUGGGAAUCGGGGACCAGGGUGUGGGUGCUAUUCUCAUAUCGGUUGCCAAACUGGUUAUUACCACGCUCUGUGCUGGAAUCCAUCCUUCCCGACAGCUUCCUGUUGUACUGGAUUGCGGGACAGAUAAUGAAGAGCUGCUCAAUGACGAACUUUAUCUAGGCCUCCGACAGCGCCGGGUCAGAGGGGAGAAGUACGAUGAAUUUGUGGAUCGAUUUGUCCAUUCUGCCCGCAAACGAUUCCCCAAGGCUUACAUUCACUUCGAGGAUUUCGGGCUCCACAAUGCACGGAGAAUACUCAAUAGGUAUCAGGAACAGAUACCCUGUUUCAAUGACGACAUCCAGGGCAUGGGGUGUGUAACUCUCGCUGCCAUGUUGGCUGCCCUUCAAGUCAGCCGAGUCGAACUGGAGGACGUACGAGUAGUGAUUUUCGGCUCGGGAACGGCAGGUAUUGGCAUUGCCGACCAGCUUUUAGAUACCAUCGCCACCGAGACGGGAAAACCAAAGCAUGAAGCAUCUAAGCAGAUCUGGUGUAUUGACAAGCCCGGUCUUCUUAUAAAAUCCCUCGGUGACAAGUUGACUGAAGGCCAGCAAUCUUUCGCACGGGAUGAUGACGAGUGGUCGGACGGUGAUCGAGAUCUUCUUUCCGUCGUCAAAAAAGUACAUCCCCAUGUGCUUAUCGGGACAUCGACCAAGCCGGGAGCAUUCACAGAAGAUAUCAUUCGUGAGAUGGCAGGGAAUGUAGAACGACCAAUUAUAUUCCCCCUCAGUAAUCCAACACGACUCCACGAGGCGAAGCCGGCUGAUCUCUACGAGUGGACCGAUGGAGGAGCCCUCGUUGCCACAGGCAGUCCAUUCCCACCAGUUACGCAUAACGGCACGCAAUAUGAAAUUGCGGAAUGCAACAACUCAACCUGUUUCCCGGGAAUUGGUCUUGGAGCAGUGCUCUCGGAGUGUCGUCUCGUGUCUAAGAAGAUGCUAGUCGCUGCCGUGAAGGCACUCAAGGCACGGUCACCCGCCUUGAAAGCCUCCGAUAAGCCGUUGCUGCCCGAUGUGCAAGACGUGCGCGAAAUCAGUGUGGAGAUUGCCGCGGCUGUGAUCUUGUGUGCUGUCGAGGAGGGACUUGCACAGGCCGAGGACAUUCCUACCAUAGACUCCGACCUGCGAGAGUGGAUUCGAAUCCAGAUGUGGGAGGCUGAGUACCGUCCUCUGGUCUAUACGGAGUAA